AACCCACAUAAUAAAUGGCAGACUUAGAAGAAUCAAUUAGUGGUGUUCAAGAUAGAAACUGCAAACGAACUUGCCUCCACCGUCAUUUCUUUAUCUUCCUUUGUCGACGAUAAGAAUCACAACCAUUCAACUACAACGUGCGACAUGCCUGGGCAAUUGAUUUUGUUUACUCUUUCUUUUUUAUUUUAUGGACCUUGAGCACAUCUGCGUUGUUUUUUUGGACAUCGAGUACGGGUGGAAUUAUCCCAAUCUGGAACUGUAUGGGAACUACAAGGAGGAACUAACUGACCAAAGCAUAAAUGGCGGCAGCAUCGGUUAUUGUAGUGGAUGCAGAGUAUUUGAAGGAGUUAGAAAAGGCUCGUCGAGAUCUUCAUGCCCUCAUCUCCAACAAAAAAUGUGCUCUAAUUAUGCUUCGAUUAGCGGACUUGUGAUGCUAAAACAAAGACAAGAGGCCCAAACGGAUCAAUCAGGAUCAAACAUUGGUCUAAAAAUUGCUAUUGACCUCUGUGAAGAAGUGAAGGCCAAACACCCGAGAGUUACAUAUGCUGAUCUCAAUCAGAAUUGCAUGGAGAAUGAAUUCAAUAUUGAUCAUACAAGAGAAAUGUUUGAAAUCGAGUUCAACCACAAGUAUAUAUGUGAAGAUCAAGUGGAUUAUAUGGACCGCUGAAGAAGAUCAAGUGUAUUUGCUCAAUAAUUGUAUAUUCAAGAAUGAUAUUUUUUUAAGAAUUUAAUUCAUUUUUUAUAAUAUUAUGUUAGAAUAUAUAUAACUAUAUUAAAAUGUAUAAGGAUAUUAGUAUGUAAG